UGUUGUGUCGCGCGCCGCGGUCUGUAGGUGAAGAGGCCGCAUCGGGAGACAAAAGGUUCUGCUCCGUGAUCUGAUCUGGAUCGUUCCGGGUUCGGGAUGUCUCCGGCCGCCACCUUCCACGCGCAGCUCGCCUCCAUCAUGGAGGUUCUGGCCAACACGGCGGUGGCGGAGAUCUGCGAGCUGGUGGACGGAGGCUACGCGGUGCUGCAGCUGGAGAUCAGCCGGAGCCGCAAGGAGAACGAGGUGCUGCGGAGGAAGCUGCGGCUCCUGGAGCUCCGAGCCGCCCGGACCUCCGCCCUGAGGGCCGCCGUUAACGGGACCGGCGCGCUGCUGCCCGCGAGCGGCCGCCCUCGAGUUCAUCUGCUCGGGGGCUGCGAGCCGAGGAGGCUCGCGACACCCACAGACGAUGGAGCGAUGUCGAAUCGCUCGUCCAAUCAGGACCGCGGUCCCCCAUCGGACCCGGGACAGGAAGUCGCGUUGCAGACGCUCCCCGCAGGUGAGACGACCGCCGUGAUCAAAGUGGAGGACGACGAGGACGAGUCCUGGUCUCAGACGGAGCCGGACCGAAGUUUUUGUCGUGUUGCUGAGGGACGGACGAUGGAGACGGACACUUCGUCCUCGCAGGUCAAACAGGAAGUGGCGGGCGAUGAGGACGGCGGUGGGAUUUCGUGGACGAGCAGCGAAGUCAGCUCCACCUCCACCCAACACGCCCUGAACACCAGUCAGAGACGAGACAGCGGAACCUAUGACUCUCUGGUGUUCGACCUCCAGCACAUGUCCCAGAAUCCCGCGGGGCCAGAGACCGCCGGCUCCUCGGUUCAGACCCCUGGAGGGAACGAUUCAGGCGGCGGCUUCGGAUUCAGCCGCGGCGAGGGGAGUCAACCUGGAGGACCCCCGGGAGGACAGAGCGCGUUCAUCCGGAGGGACGGGUGGCGUCUCCAAAACCGGGUCCGCAGGGACGCCACCAGGGGGAGGACGUUCAUCUGCAGCUGCUGCGGGAAGACUCUGGCCUGCCUCAAGAACCUGAAGACCCACAUGAGGGUCCACACGGGCGAGAAGCCGUUCAUCUGCGCGCUCUGCGGCAAACGCUUCUCCGACUCCAGCAACCUGAAACGCCACCAGAGCGUCCACACGGGCGAGAAACGCUACGGCUGCGUCCACUGCGGGAAACGCUUUGCGCAGUCCGGCUCGCUGAAGGUCCACAUGAGCGUCCACAGAGACUGCAGGCAGUUCCGCUGCUCGCUCUGCGGCAAGACGUUCACGUCCGGGGGACACCUGAGGCGCCACGCCGCCUCCCACGCCGGGGAUUAA